GUAGACUUCUGAAUUGCUGGCUUUAAAAAUGUGGGGCAAGCAAUUUUUUGAUAUUGCUUUAGUUAUAUUCGUUACAAGUUUAUGUGCUGUGGUUUGUGCGCCUCAGAAGUUUAACACGAAGUCCUUUAAAGUCGGAAUUGAAUAUGAUCGUUCAUUGCCGAUGACCGGUGGCUCGGACAGAUACCGGCACAGGAACAACUGCGACCCAUUUUUCGUCACUGUCAAUGUAACUGCAAAAAAAGGCUACGUAAUAUCCUACCUAGAAGCGUCAAUUACAGUCGAUGAGCUAGGCGAAGCAGAUUUCAUCCUCAAAGAGGGCCGUGCCGGCUCCAAGUAUAUGAUCUUUCAGAUGGUCUCAAACCAUAGCGAAUUUCUAUCUUAUUCCUAUAUGACAUACGGCAUUAAGGACGAGGAGUACAAAAAGAUAACGAACACCAUAAAUGUUCCGGUAUCUCUGUGGAACCACAGCACAAUGCACCACCUGAGUACAUUAUCUUUCAUAAUGUGUUUUAUUAUUUAUCUUAUGAGCCAGUAUGUCUUAGAUACGCUUAAUUGACUCUGGAAUAUUUAUUUCCAAAAACAUUUUAAGGAAGUACUGAAGAAUAGGUAAUUUAUAAAUUUAUGUUAUUAUAACUUGCAUCCUUUCCAACACCAAUGUUACUUAAUUAAUUUUUUUUUAAUGAGACUUAAGAACGUAUAUAAGUAAGUGUAAGUUGUAUUGUAUACUUCCAAAUAUUGUUCGGGU